AUGAGUGUUUGGGAGCAGACCACCAAGUUCAUAACCAAAUAUAGAAACCGCGAGACUCAGAAUGCCGAUCUUGUGUUGGUUGUGGUGCUGAUAGGAGUGACUUUCGACCUUAUCAAUGUGACAGCUACCAUUUCCAGUAUUGCCAACAUUAGAGAUCAUUUUAAUACCACAGAUUCCGUUGCUUCGUGGGCAUUAUCUUCCUACGCGGUGACAUUUUCAGGACUCAUUGCAUUUUGCGGUCGGAUUGGCGACAUUGUCGGUCACGAUACGCUUUUUAUUUGCAGCUCUUUGCUGUUUUCGCUAUUUUCACUUCUUUGUGCGGUGGUUGAUAACUUGAACGGUUUAAUUGCAUUUCGUGCGCUUCAGGGAGUUGCUGCUGCUGCGCUGGUUCCCACCGGUUACGCCAUCGUUUCGAGCUCUUUCCCAGAACACAAGAUGGGAUCAAGGUUUUCCAUUCUUGCUGCAGGGUUUAGUGUUUCUUUUGGAGUUGGGUACAUUGUUGGCGGAGCCCUGGACAUAACUUCUGUGGGAUACAAGGGGAUCUAUUAUUUGAGUUGCGGAGUGAUGUUUCUGAAUGCCAUCGCAUCGUUCUUCCUUAUCAAAAAGCUACCAAGGACAGGGGAACGAAUCGAAAAUCUGGAUGCUGUUGGAUCUUUGCUAUUGAUUACGGCCACAGCUCUAAUUGUGGUUGGAUUCACUGAGGCCGGAGACAACUGGAACUCUCCACGCGCGUAUGUGCCGUUGCCCGUGGGAGUGGUUCUGUACGUGGUGUUCUUUUUCUGGAGCACUCAUUUUCUGGACAUGGCCAGGACUAACAUCCAUGCCUUCAGAGAGGUUAUUCCGCUAAUUCCCAAAUCGAUGCUGACAUCAUUCGUGCCAGUGGUGAUGAAUUUUUGCAACUUUGCCAACUACGCGUCGCUUUUCGGUAUGAUCACGCUGGUUUCACAGUUUUAUCAGUAUGCCGAAAAUAAUACCGCGCUGAUCAGCGCACUUCGGCUCAUCCCCAACGUGAUCACCAUGACGUGUGUGACGCUGCUAUUGGCCAUCAAGCACGAUAUAUUGUCUCAGAACAAGGCUAUGAUGCUCGGCUACUCUCUGAUGGUUGCUUCCCUGGCUAUGAUUUGUGUCUGGGAUCGUACCGUGGACAAUUUUUUCUGGAGAUGGGUUGUUCCGCUGCAAAUCAUCUCCUCCGCGGGAAGCAGUUUCUUCUUCCCGCACUGUCUGAACGUGCUGAUCGGAGCUGCCGAGCCUGAGGUGAAAGGCCUGGCUUCGGGAGUUUUGCAGACGUUUGGCCAGCUCGGUGUGAGUGUCUGCUUUGCGGUGGUGACUUCUGUGCUGGGAAAUGGCGAGAAAACCGACCACAAGUUCCGUAUUACGGGCUAUGUCCUGGUCUCCCUGGGAGCCCUUGGCUGGUUAGGAUGUCUGGGUGUGGUCAUCUGGUCCAAAAAGACAAAAAUUCAGUCUGAGGAAGAAGUGGUGGCAGAAAAAUAA